CAAUUGGAAAUUAUCCUAUACCUGUCGUACAUCAGGCAUUGAAUCCAGAUAAAAAAAAGGUGAAGAUGCCAGAACGCAAGUGCCUGCAUCUCGACACACCUCUCAGAGAUAGUGUCCCUUUGUCCAAAAUGGCCGGAAUGGCAGUUUACUUGAAGCUUGAUAAUGCACAGCCAACAGGGUCCUUCAAAAUUCGGGGCAUUGGUCAUCUGUGCAAGACGUGGGCAGAACGGGGCUGUAAACAUUUUGUCUGCUCAUCAGGAGGAAAUGCCGGUCUGGCAGCUGCUUACAGUGCCCGGAUGCUCUCCAUACCCGCUACCAUUGUCGUGCCCAUCACUACACCCACCUUUACAAUCCAAAGAAUGAAAGAUGAAGGGGCCACAGUCUGUGUUGUGGGAGAGAUGCUGGAUGAGGCCAUUGAACAUGGCAAAGAGCUGGUGCGGAAUAACCCAGGAUGGGUGUACAUCCCCCCAUUUGAUGACCCACUGAUAUGGGAGGGUCACACCUCAUUGGUAAGAGAAAUUAAAGCCAGUCUCCCUUCCAAACCUGGUGCCAUUGCCUUGUCCGUAGGAGGUGGAGGCAUGCUUUGUGGCGUGGUCCAGGGGCUCAGAGAAGAAGGAUGGGAUGAUGUUCCUAUCAUUGCUAUGGAAACCAAAGGAGCUCACAGUCUUAAUGCUGCCCUUCAAGCUGGGAAAUUGGUCACCUUACCUGAAAUCACCAGUGUAGCUAAAACACUAGGAGCCAAAACUGUAGGAGCUCAGACCCUAAAAGUGGCUCAGGAGCAUCCAGUGUUUUCAGAGGUCAUUUCUGACCAAGAGGCUGUGGUGGCUAUUGAGAAGUUUGCAGAUGAUGAGAAGAUGUUAGUGGAGCCUGCUUGUGGUGCUGCUCUAGCUGCUGUUUAUAGCAAUGUGGCGGAAAGACUGAAAAAAGAAGGAAAAUUGAGCCCAGAUCUCUCUUCUCUGGUCAUUAUUGUUUGUGGAGGAAACAACAUUACCCUAGCACAGCUCUUCCAGCUAAAGAAACAACUGGGCAUGCUCUCUGAUAGCUCUGCCUAGAUCCACAACAUCUUACUUAAUGGACUGCUACUACAUUCUUCAUAGGGAUAUCUCGUAUGCACAAGGAUUCCUAGGUCAUUUGUCUCCUCUUGUAGUAGGCAGGGGAAGAUCAAUGACAGUCCACUCCUACUUCGUUUCGGUAAUAUAAAAACAUUUCCAUAUGUUGUGUGCCUGGAAGCCUUGGAUUUCAGACUAACAGAAUGCUGUCGGUCACAUGGCUGGACCAGUGGUCCACCUUAUUUCUAGAAGGCAAAUUGCGCUGAAAUGUCAGGAACUGUAAAUAUACACAUUUAUUUAUAUCAGCAGAUGUAAUCCAUGGAAAACUGUGGUGAGGAAGUUUAUAUGUUUAUGUAGAUGUUUAUGUAGUGAAACGAUAUAUAAAGCAUUGUUAUACAUAGCAAAACUUACUAGGGACUAAUCUGCAUCCAUGUCCAAACCAAUGGGUACCUAAUGGCCUUCUGGCCACAAAGGGGUUUGCACAAUAUGUGAACCUCCUAUUUCCGAUAUGUACACCAAAUGUACAAAAAUAAUUCCUUUGCAUUGGGCACAAAACCAUUUCCACUAUCUUGAUACAACCAAAACACAUCAGUAAUAUUUCUGUUUAGCGAUGGUUAUUUAGUUGAAGGUAAACUAUUAUGAGCCUUCAUCUAAUAGGAAUAAAACGGUUUUUGAAUAUUUUUCACUAUCACCCUCUCAACAGUCUGUUCCUCUACAUGCAGCUAUGGGUUGGAGUUGGUUAUUUUCCAUUAGCACAAAUACAUUGUCUUGGGAAGAGCCUAACUAUCAUCAAAAUCUGACUCCUGCAUGAGGAAAGACUGACUGCAGAGAAGGAAAUCGUGACGACUAACUUGUUUAUUUCAGGAGCAACAGUGAAUAUUUUUUUUUUAAGUGCCUCACUUCCAUGAGAUAAAGCUCAUAUAAAAUUACACUUUUUGUUAUAGUUCCCAUUUACUAUAAUUUAACUCACUGGCAUGAGCAGGGAACUCAUUUAAAAACAAAGACCAAGAAAUCAGCUGCAGGUUUAAGAUACAGCAAUCUGAUAAUUUCUUCAAUUUUUACAAUGUCUUGUUGUGUUUUUUUUUUGUAUAAAAAAAGUGUGUUGUAAUGAUUUAAAAUACAACUGGGUUUUAAUACAUCUAUUUAAGUAGAAAA